UUUUGGCUCCCAAAAACCUUAUGACCGUUUCAACCCAUUUUUCAAGCUACAAAAACUUAAAAACAAAAAGGUCCCCCCACUCCUCCUCUCUGACUACCUUCUCUUCUUACCCUAUCCUUUUGUUUUGUUUUGUUUUUUUUUUUGGCAGCUGCCCACUUUUUUCAUCCCUUCCCAUUUCUCUCUAUCUCACUCAAAAAUCUCAGCACAAAGGUUCUGCAAACAAUGGCUUAAAGGGGUUUUAGCGUUCUUGUCACGAAUAUGAGUAUGGUUGAGCCUGGUUACUGGGAUGGGUUUGUCAAGGGCGUUCCUGGUGGAGAAGAUGACUUUGCAAAUUUACUCGGGAUUUUGGAUUUCCCCAUGGAAAGUUUGGAAGGAGAUGAUGAGCUUGCUGGAGAUUGGGAUGCUAGCAAGUCACAAUCUCUCGGUCCAAUUCCUUCGGAGGCUUUCAUGGGUUUGCCACCUGUUCCUCAAGGCAGUGCUGGCAAUAGAAGUUUAGAGAAUCCGCCGAAACCAAAUGCCGUGCCGAAAUUGAAUGCCUCUGGUGGUCAAACUGCCAACCAAAAGCAAAUCCCAGACUAUGUUAAAGAAUCUUCCAGCACUAAUACUUCCCGUCAGAUUACAUCUUCCGAGGGCCAGGAGUCUGGUUCAUUCCAGACACACAGCCCUGUUUCUGUGCUUGAGAGCGGAGGCUCUUGUUCAGGUGGGAAAAGUUUACCCAUCAAGUCCGACAUCGUUAUCCCAGUACGAACCCGAUCCAAGCGGGCUAGACCAUCUGCUAUUAAUCCAUGGUUUGUGAUGGCUCCCAUAUCUUGUGCUGCUUCAGCAUCUAAGAGGACUUCAAGCCACAGGAAAAACAAAGAGAAGAAGAAGAAACUUUCGCAGCUGUCACUUGCCUCGAACGAAGCAGACGACUCCUUUCAACAGGCAAAGGAAGAAUCAUUUCAUCUGUCGUCGGACGUUAGCGAGAAAAAUGAAACUUCCUUGCAGCGCUCUGUUGCAGCUAAAAAAUGCACCCACUGCGAAGUUACAAAGACGCCACAAUGGAGGGAGGGACCAAUGGGUCCUAAGACAUUAUGCAACGCAUGCGGGGUUCGUUACAGAUCUGGACGUCUAUUUCCGGAGUAUCGUCCAGCAGCAAGUCCUACUUUCAUGCCAACUUUACAUUCCAAUUCUCACAGGAAAGUCGUAGAGAUGAGAAAGAAAGCUAUGCAGGAAACAGCUAUGAGCAGCCAUGAUGAUGCUCCCAUGUCACCUGCCCCAGAAUUUGUCCCCAUGAGUAGCUAUCUGUUCGAUUUUAUUUAUUGAAGAGGUGGCAAUACUUGUUAAAGAGGGUUAGGAGUUGCUAAAUCGUUUGUCUGCCGUGGUGUCUUUUAUUUAAAUUUAUUUUUAUUUCAUUUUUGCCUUCUCUUUCAGGGGAUGUGUUCUGCCUGGUGGAGCAUGGUUAAAAGAUUCGCAUGUACAAAAAGUGAGUGUAGAACUCUAGGUUAGCGUUAUGGUUGGGGAAACUGAAAGGGGCGCAGAGUAUAAUCAGAGAGUUAUUAGGGUAGGAGUAGCUGGAAUGCAGAGUAGUAGGAGGGGUUUCAGUUUGUGUAAUAUUCAACUUCAGAUAUAUUUAGAUCCUCUAGGUAUUGAAUUUUGUUAUUUUCA